AUGGGAGCAAUAAGUAAUGAUUCCUCUAUUGAAGGGGAAGUUUACAUCCAGAAAUUGUCUAGCUAUAUAAAAAGGAAUGAAGAAGGGUUGGCUAAUGGGUUGCUUAUCUUUUCAAAAUCAAAACAUAAUCCCAAGAUCAAACCUUCAAGAUUGAGCUUUAGUUUACAUCAUUUAUAUUAUAUAUCAGAAAAGAUCGAUAAUUCUUCAUUAGGUGUGGAUGUUGGACCUUUAAAUAUUCGUUUAGAUAAUCCAAACCAUGAACCAACGUUUAUUUCAUUCAUGGCCAAUAAUGCUAGAAAUUCCAAACAUUUUGAUAGUGAUACCAGAUCAAUAUCCUCGAUAAAUUCAAUGAGAUCAAUUGUAUCAAAUGCUUCAUUAUAUUGGAGAAAUUUCAACGUUAGUAAAGACCCUAAAGUCAUAAAGAAAGAUAUCAAGUAUCUUUACUCAUCAUUCACAAAGAUUCCUUGUUUGAUACUAUCACCGAAAACAAAAAUAAAUGGCAUAACUGGAUAUGAAGAAUAUCCUUGUGAUACAUCAGUUCCUAUGAGGAUGUUCAAGAAUCUUCAAGUAUUAGAGAUCGUUGAUUAUGAACCAAAUGAAAUCUUUGGUUGGAAUUUCUUAAGUGAUCAAUUAAGGAUUUUAAUUAUAAAGAAUUCAAAAAUGAAUGAUUUGGCAGAACUUAUUUUCACUUUAGUUGUAGAUGAUGAAAAUGGUCGUAGCUCCUUAAAUUCAAUCAAAAAUAUCAGACGUUCAACCACAUCACAAAGUAUUGCUGUUGUACCAUCAAAUGGACAUAAUGAUGAUGAUUAUAAAUUUAGACGAGAGAGAUCCCAUACAAAUACCGGUGGUGAACAACCUCAUUUACCUCAUUCUCAAUCAUCCAUGCCAUUUUCCCAUUCCCAUUCCCAUUCUUAUUCUUAUUCCCAUAUCACUUUACCUCAAUAUCUUCAAGGUCAACAUACAUUUGAACAAUCUAAAGAAUACAGUUUGGAUGAACGGAAAUGGUCUUUCUUGAGACAAUUGAGUAUUAUAGAAACUUCCAUUACCAAUAUUCCAUCAUAUAUUUUUAAACCAUUAUCUAAUUUGGUUAAACUAAAUUUAUCCAAUAAUUUAUUAGAAGAAAUCCCUGAUGGAUUAAGACAUUUAGUUAAUAUCAAAUACUUAAAUUUUUCUGAUAAUUAUAUCACCAAAUUAUCCAAUUUACCCAAUAAUUUGAAACAAUUAACAACUUUAAAUUUUAAUAAUAAUAAGAUUACUAACUUAGAUGGAUUACAAAACUUACACAGUUUAGAAAAAAUCGAUUUAAGAAAGAAUCUGUUAACAUCAAUUAAUAGUUUGAAACCGAUACUUUUCUUAUUCAUCAAAAACAAUGAACAAUUCAAUAAUGUUUAUUUAGCUCAUAAUCCUUUACCUAAAAAUUUCAGAAUUGAUUUAUUUAAUCUAUUAAAUGGAAUAAAAUAUAAGAAUGACUUCAAAAUUGAUGAUUCAAAACCUGGUUAUUUCGAAAGUGUAAUGUUAUUGGAUAAUGAAUCAGCCAUUAGAAAUUUACAUAAUUUCUUCAAAAACUUACGUACUGAAUCGGCCCCUGAUGAAACUUUCAAUACUAGCUUUGAAAAUGAUGUAGUAAACUCCCUCAGUGUUUUAAAUCUCGAAGAAGAUAGAACUAUCACUCCAUUAUCCAAUAAUUCCAAUUUAACUAAUUUGACUUCCGAUUUAGGAAAGUUGAAGAAAUCAACCACUUUAAAUAAUUUAUCCGAAUCCAAAAAUACUCCCACAAGUAUUGUAACCCAAGUCCAAGUAACAGCAAGAAUGAGCACAUGA